AGCACUGUUCAGCUGGGCAGAGGAGAAAAUAAAAGCAGCCCAUCAGCGUCGACAACGACAUAGAUUUUUGAUGAGGAGCAAAUUUUAGUUUUAUUUUGAAAAUGUUUUAUGAGUAUUUCUACGCUGCUAGUGCCUAAAUUGUAAACCAUAAAGUGGACAAGUUAAAUAGCUACGGUUGAUGUGAUAAAAGUGCUCAUUCCGGAUUGAAAUUCCGCUUAUUCGGAACGGCAAGGGUCCACCUUCUGCUCUCGCGUGUGGAUAAGAAGUUUUAUGUUCAUAUUCUAGGAAACAUCGUUGCUUUGGAAUCCAUAAACAAGGCCGACUACUCUUAAAUUCGUCAAAAUGAUCUCAAACUUUAUUUUCUAAUUCCUGGAAUUCAACACGAGCAACUAUGGUACAGAGACAAGUAUUAUUAUAUUUAACAUUACAGUGUUGUAUCUAUUCGAUACUUGGAUUGGGAUGGGUUCUGCCGGAGAAACCCAUCGUGCGGUUAGUAAAUCAAUCCUACGACAUAACAUGCACAUUGAAUCGGUCAGAUCCAGAUACCGAAAAGUUCACCAGCAAUGAUCUUAUGUUUUACAUAAUGAACGACACAACUACACAACACAAACAUAUGCAGCACGAACACAUGCAGCGGGAACAUGUGAAGAUUGUAAAUGAGACAACUAUUCAGCUAAGCGUCCAUAAUGCAUCAGCGGGAAAGUUCCAAUGUAUAUGUAAGCUAAACCACACAAAGGGUGUCGGUAUGCGAAGCGUUUACGUUGGCUAUAAACCGUAUAAUGUGACUAACUUUAAAUGUCGUUCGGAAAACUGGCAAAAUAUGAACUGUUCGUUCAUACAAAAGCAAAAUCCGAUUCCCACCGAUUACAAGCUCAACUUCAAAUUUGAUCGGGAAACAUCAUUUGUAGACUACAAUUGUCCAUUGGAAGGGAAAUCCGACUCGUGGUCAUGUCUGAUCGAUUUGGAAUCGUCGUAUCGGCAGUCCUAUGAAUUUUAUUAUUUUGUAUUAGUGUCGAACAACACACUGGGGCGCAACGUCGAAUAUUUCACCAUCAAUAACUACGACAAUGUCAUACCGGAAGCGCCCAUGGUAUGCCAAGCCACUAAUAUCACGUCCAAAAGUGCAAUUCUGCAUUGGGCAAUCUCGUACAAGUUGCAGACCUUCAAACGGGACUUCAUUUUCCAAAUCAAAAUUCUUUCGAGUUUCGAUAACUCAAUUUGGAAGCCUAUCAGCAUUACCAAUAUUGCCAAGUCGUUGACGAACUACACACUCCCAAUAGAGGAUUUGGAAUUUGCCGAUACGACUUAUGAUGUCAGGAUAAGGAUGCAAACUGCAACGGCGGAAAAUACCGAGGAAAUGUGGUCAAACUACUCCAGCUGUUUGUUUAAGACAUUACCUCGAAGACCGGACAAUCCCCCAGAGGUCGUCAUUGGAGGCUUCGAAAUCAACGCGUACAACGACAUAUUCGUGUACUGGAGGGAAAUUCCUAGGAGUAAGCACAAUUCGGCGACCGGUUUUCGUUACAAAAUAUCUGAAAUCACUAGGAAUGGAAUCCCAAUCAGUAAUAUCACCGAAGGUCGAAAUGGAAGCUCUAUGAUUCAGUUCAGGAAUAUGACUGACGGCAACUACACAUUCGUCAUACGAAGUUCCAACAGCGAGGGAGAUUCGCUAGGUGCAAGUCAUCUUUUUAUUCCUGCUCGGAGAUAUCGUGCUCCGAAACCCGAAAUAACGAAGCUACUCUCGGAUGCUGGCAAAUAUCUGCUAUCCUGGAAACUGGUCCCGGAUUACGCAUCCAGAAUUACUUCCUACACCGUAUUUUGGUGUAAUUCUAGUAGUAAUUCGCCCAACGAUUGCAAUGGUUCCAUAAACUUUGAUGAAAUCGACAAUACUAGAGACAGCUAUGAACUGAACAACGUUAGCUCGACGUUAAAUUUUGCUGUCGCUGCCAAUGCCGGUAAUCUGUCUUCGGGCAUGGUGUGGGCGUCGUGUACAGCCACCCAGAAAAACGACAUCGGCAAGCUGAAAACCAUCUGGAUCCCCGCUAUGCAGUCAACCUACAUCGAUCUGGAGUGGAAACUAGAAUGUGGAGAUAGUGCAAUCGUUGAGGGUUACAGUAUCAUUUACUGUCCCAUCAGUUCACCGCGGGAUCAAAGCUGCAAAGUCCCGGAAGAAUCGCUUAACAUUACGGGAACCACAUCACAUCGCAUAACUGGACUGAAACCGUACGUCACGUACAAAAUUCAAAUAGCGAUGUAUUCGAAGACUCGCAUAGGACCCCGGAGCGAUCCGCUGUUCAACACAACGCUUGAAGAUGCACCAUCUCCACCACGAAACUUGAUGCUGAAAGAUGUUCGUAACGACUCGGUCAUUCUGCACUGGGAUCCACCGUUGCAAAUAAACGGUGGCAAAAUGAACUACGAAGUCUGGUACAAUCAUCAGCAUAAGAAAAUUGAUCCCGAAAACUAUACCGAUCAUGUUACGUACAAUCUCACCGGUCUGGAGCCGUUCACCAAUUACAAGAUCAUCGUUCGAGCCUACACGAUUGCUUAUUCUAACAAUUCCAAUUCAGUUGAUGUGACAACGGAGAUUGGAACUCCAGGAAUCAUGCAACAGCCGGGCUCGGUAGAUUCGAAUAGUACCAGGUUAUCGAUUAUAUGGCAACCACCGGAGAAGAAAGCCGGCUGUAUGGAAUACUAUGAGCUUAAAAUUAAAACAAAUACCCAGACGGAGGAGUCGGCUAUAAUAAUGCGCGUAUCUGGUACAAGAUGUACCUUAAAACGUACGAUCUGCUUGGGGUCGGCAGACUCCAAUAGGACCGACAAGUACGAGUUCUCAGUACGAGCUGUAAAUGUCAUUUUGAGUCCCCAUGCGCCUAACUAUACCGAAUGGAACAGACUGGCAUGUGAUCAAAAGUAUUCUUAUUACUUGAAUCAUGGAGUGCCUAACACGUAUAACUAUCACUCACAUCCCAGUGGAUUAGAAUGCGAGCUUAAUGGACAUAGUGUUCCUUUCAUAGACUGGAUGAAAAUAGAUCAAUAUGCUACUAUUUUACACGGCGAAUGGUCAUGGCCACUGACGCAUUGGUGCAAUUACGGCCCGAGUAAUACGGAGGCCAUUAUCUUUCUAUCGUUUGUCACGUGUUUGGGAAUCAUAAGUCUUCUUAUCUGCACCUACAUGAGCUUGAAGAAAAUGAAGCAAAUCAAAAACAUAAAGGUUGUGCUACCAGAUGCUUUGAAUGACAUUGUGGCAUCGGAUAAGCCCGAUGUAUUCAAAGAGAGCAAUGACAGCUAUGUGAAUGGAUACUCGGAUAAGAAUGCCGGCGAUACGUUGCUCUCGUACUCGCCCAGCCAUCGAUAUGUGAAGAACAAUUUGGAUGAUUCCACCAGUAUUGGUUCAAAUGACGAGAACAUUGACAACGAUGACGGAGUGGUGGAUGGCGAAGUGGAUUUAUUGUCACUAUCAGAUGAUGGAAAAUCGCAACGAUACUUACCUAUGGAACAGGAUUUAUGCCAACCGUCUGAACCGACCAAUACUGAUAUAAUAGAUAUAAGGUCUAAUGUUAAUAAGGAUAAUGUUUUAAGUUUGCCGUCAACAGGAUACGUUUUAGCACCUGUAGCAAAACCGAGCACAAAUGGAUAUGUCCAGGCACCUUUAGCUAAGCCCGCCGUCACGUCCAAUUACAUUCAGCCAAGUGCUUUUACUGGAAUCAAUAAUCCGAGCCUCUCGAAAACAUCGAUCAUUGUGUCAACCACAGAUGCCGAUGGAAUCUCUGGAUACGUUACUCAUAAGCAACUGUCUGAUUAUGGUCUGAAAAUGCAGUAAUUAAUGUCAAUGUUUGGUAAAACUGUAUUAAACAAUAUAUAUUGUUGUACUGUAUACUA